AUGGGCAAGCUCCCAUUGAAGGUGCACCUCACCUCACACCCCAUCUGCCUGAGGAUCCGUGGGCCCUCGGUGUAUGAGGACGAGAACCAGCGCACGUGGGUGCAUAUCGUCAUGGACACAGGAGGUGUCCUGCAAGUACGGUUGUGGCAGUACGACAUCCACAGUGGGUCUUUCGUACUCAACACAAGACGGCUGACCUCGAGCACCAUGCCUUCGAGGUGGACGCUCCACCCUGGCAGCUCCAGCCUGUACUUGGACUCCAGGGGCUGGUUCUGGCGCAUCGUGCACCAUAUCAAGGAGGAUGACAUGGAGGAAAUGAUUCUUGAGCUGAUGGACGACUCUUAG